UUAUAAGACCGAAAAUCAAACAUUUAGAUAACAGCUCUAUAAUUACAUUGAAAAUGGCAUCCGAAGCAAUUUGUGAAAACAACGUGGUUCCAGAAAAUGAUGCAGAAGAAGAAGAAAUAACAUUUAAAUCACUGGGCCUUGUUGAUGUUCUUUGUGAAGCUUGUGAACAGUUGAAAUGGAAAAUCCCAUCAAAGAUACAAAGAGAAUCUAUACCUAUAGCACUUCAAGGCAAAGAUGUUAUUGGACUUGCAGAAACUGGUUCAGGCAAAACAGGAGCUUUUGCCUUGCCCAUAUUACAGACAUUGUUAGACAACCCACAGGGAUUAUAUGCGUUAAUAAUGACACCUACAAGAGAGCUAGCCUUCCAGAUAUCAGAACAGUUUGAAGCAUUAGGGUCGUCUAUAGGAAUCAAGUGUGCUGUGAUAGUUGGUGGCAUAGAUAUGAUGACCCAGUCAUUGAUGUUAGCAAAGAAACCACACAUAAUAAUAGCAACUCCUGGAAGACUUGUUGAUCACCUGGAAAAUACCAAAGGAUUCAGUCUAAGAUCAUUGAAAUAUUUGGUUAUGGAUGAAGCUGACAGAAUACUGAACAUGGAUUUUGAGGAGGAGGUAGAUAAAAUUCUAAAAGUUAUACCAAGAGAAAGAAACACAUACUUAUACUCAGCAACAAUGACCAAGAAGGUUGCCAAAUUACAGAGGGCAUCACUUCGAGACCCUGUCAAAGUGGAAGUUUCAUCCAAAUAUCAGACAGUAGACAAACUUCAACAGUCUUAUCUGUUUAUACCAUUAAAACAUAAAGAUGUAUUUUUAGUGUAUAUAUUAAAUGAAUUAGCAGGAAACUCGUUCAUGGUAUUCUGUAGUACAUGUGCCAAUACACAGAGAGUGGCUUUGAUGUUGAGAAAUCUAGGAAUGACUGCAAUACCAUUACAUGGACAACUAAGUCAGGCAAAAAGACUUGGAGCAUUAAACAAAUUUAAAAGUAAAGACAGAUCAAUCUUGAUAGCAACUGAUGUUGCAAGCAGAGGUCUGGACAUACCACAUGUAGAUGUUGUGAUAAACUUAGAUAUUCCUACACAUUCUAAAGAUUAUAUACACAGAGUAGGAAGAACAGCCAGGGCAGGACGGUCAGGGAAAGCUGUUACAUUUGUUUCACAGUAUGAUGUUGAACUGUAUCAGAGAAUUGAACAUCUAAUAGGAAAAAAAUUACCAUUAUAUAAAACAGAAGAACAAGAAGUCAUGUUGUUGAUGGAAAGGGUCACAGAAGCACAAAGAUUUGCUAAACUGGAAAUGAAUGAGACAAUGGGCAGAGGAAAGAAAAGACAGAAGAAGGGAGAUGAAGCUGAUGACACAGAAGAAUCAUUGGGAGUUCAGAAAAAAUUUAGAAAAAAGAAGAAAUAUUGACUUGAAAAUCAGAUUAAUGUUGAAAAUGACAAUUGUGAUAUCAUUAAUAAACU